GUCUUCUUUUGUAAAAACUCUUUGGAAGCUGUUAUUUAUCACCUCUGCCACCUCUGCUGGGUCCUCAUAUGUAGUUUCAUCCAUUUUCAGUUUAUUGAUUGUUUCUCUAUUCUUUAAUUUGCCGUUCACAUGUCUAUAGAAUAGUUUGGGUUGGUCUUUGUAUUUGUCAAUUAUAUCUUUUUUUCAUAUAUCCUUUUUUCUUCUCUUCUAAUUUUUGUAUAUUCAUUCCUUGCUUGUUUGAAAUUGUUCCACGCGUUGAUUCUUCUUCGUCUCCUCCAUCCCUUCCAAGCUUCCUCCUUUCUCUUUCUAACUGCCUCGCAUCUCUUGUUAAACCACUCCUUUUCAUCAACAUCCCUUUUGGUUACCUUAGGGACAUAUCUGUUUUCGGCUUCCUUGUAUAGCUUUAAAAACUCCUCCCACUUAUCCUGUGUACUCUCGGCCUUGUACAGCCCACUCAAAUUAGCAUUUUCAAAAAAAAUUCUCAUGCUAACAAAGUCUGCCUUACAGUAAUUGCUUCUCCCAAUUUUGUGAUCCUCUUUUCAGUCAAUCGUUCUCUUUUUUAUACUUCAAAUUCCACAACCGCAUGGUCACUCUUCGCUAUUGGACAAUCUAUUUUAAGAUUUUCUAUUAUUUCCGACUCCUUAAUAAAUACCAGGUCUAGUCUUGAUGCCUCGCCUUCAUUCCCGAAUCUGAUAUGUUCCUUAAUCCACUGAGUCAGCACAUGUGUGUGCGUGUGUGUGUGUGUGUGUGUGUGUGUAAUUCACCUCUUGCUGUGCUGCGGGUCUUUCUCGAGACAGCCAGCCGUUCCCCUACGGAAGGAGCUCGGAGCUCAGUGACCGAUCUUUGGGGAGGACUGAGACCACUCACACACAACACACCGCGACAACGAGGUCACAACUCCUCACCUUACGUCGCGUACCUACUCACUGCUAGGUGAACAGGAGCUACACGUAAAAGAAGAUAAACCCAACUUAUCUUCACCCUGUCGGGGAAUCGAACCCCGGUCCUUCUGGUUGUGAGGAAGACGCUCUAACCACUGAGCUACCGUGUGUGUGUGUGUGUGUGUGUGUGUGUGUGUGUGUGUGUAUUUCUCUGUAGCCUACGUCUCUGUAUUAUUCUCUAUCCUUACAGCUCUCUGUGCAUCUAUCUCUUUGUCUGUGUACGCCUCACUGUAUUUCCGUAAGUCUUUAUCUGCGUCAUAUUCUUAAACAUUUAAUCGCCCAGACACACAUUUGACAAGGCUUUCGUAGGAGUUUCGGGCAUUUCCCGGGGUACUUUCAUGACACUGCCAUGGUGGUAGUCCGACCCUUCUUUUGUACCAUGAACCUAGAAAGAUAUUCCUAAGAGCCCGAUUGAUCUCCUUUUCAGCCUUUCGGAAUAGUUGAUGUGAGAGGCGGAAGCGUCUGAGAACACCGGCCUAGGAGCUCCCGUGGCCAUGAGGGGCAGAGGGCUGUUCCUUAGCGGCAUCGUUGCAGCUGUGCUUCUGCUGAUACUCGCACUCCUACACGGCGGGACUCUGCCAAGCGCGUGGCGGCCCGGGAGCAGCCGGACGAGGUCGCCGGUGCCGCCUCAGGCUCGGCGGGGCCGAGUCGAGGUCGCGCCGCUACGUCCUGGCAUGGCCCUAGUUGCCGCAGGGAGGUCCACUAAGGCCGGUGCCGCGCCACACGGUAAUUGUUCCGCCAGCGCCGCAGGGUGGCACACGGCUCAGACUCACCGCGGGCUGGAGGAAGAGUUUGAGCGUCGGCGCCGCGCCUUGUUGCGUGCGUGUGCCCUGCACGACGCACGGGCCGCCUACCCGGACAUGGCCUGGCGGCAGAAUUACAGACACAUGUUGGCGGGGACGUUGACGCUCUUCAAGGUGCCCAAGGUAGGUCGCUUGUGUCUUGUAAGAAUGCAUUCAAGGAACUAAGUCUCUUCACUUUGGGAGUAUAUAUUCCUGAUACAAAACUAGAUUUUUUUUUGUGAUUUAGCAUUUUUCUAUUUAUCGUCUGUGUCAAAGGUUUGAGGCCUAAAACAUGGUUCCUGCAGGCCGGGUCCUCGGCAGUGAAGGGCUUCGUGUCUCGGAUGGCGCAGCAGACUUGGGCGACGCCGCGGCCGCUGAGCGCAGUGGUGGUGCGGCACCCGCUGGCCAGGCUGGCCUCCGCUUACUGGUUACCUUGACAGCCCUUCUGUUCCCUCAGGGCAUGACCAACGCUUGUGACAUACAAGGCUGCGGGCGACACCCACUUGCGUGUUCAGAAAGCCUGGCAUCUUGAUGGUGGUUUAGAUCUUAACUCAAAAUGGAUGCGUCCAGGAUGCAAUGAGCCACUUCAUGCCUCCAAGGAAUGACACACCUGAAAACUUUGUAUUUUCUAAAUUCAUUAAAAUCUGGUCGAGCUAAGGACCUAAGGAGAAUGUGACCUAUGAAAUUAUUUAAUUACAGAUUAUCUCUUAGUUUUGAAGUAAUCUCAGUCUAGCGGAGGCACCCGCUCUUUUUCCAAUUUUGACACAACACGUAAGGCUUCGUGUCUGAUUCUCAUUAACGACGAAAAGUGGGGAAAAGAUACUGACGGGAAUGGUGAAUGUUUUCCUCGUGUCUUGAUAAUUUCCGAUCUCAAGCCUUGCACGUGUCCUUCCUUCCCUGCAGAGACAAGUACCUGGGCGGCGCGCCGCUCUUCCAGUACGACACUGCGUGGCGCAAGGCGACGCAAGGCAUCGAGACGUGGGACUGGCGGUUCGCCAAGUACUGGCUGCCGGCGCUCGUGUCCACCGGGGCUCUGAAGCCAACUCGUGAGUUUAAUGAAACAUUGGACAGGAUUAGAAGAGCGUACAAGAUUUACGUGAACCAUUACGCCAGUCAGACAGGAGCUCUCUUGGCCAAGCCAUCACGAACGGAAAAACUAUUUUAUGGUGUGACAGAAAUGAACACCGUCCACCAGAUGUUGUCGUCUGGCACUUCUGAGGCCUUCGUCACGACGUUCGGGAGGGGCUAUGACCUGCGGGACCUGGUGAUGCGGUUCCGGAACACGUUCUUCACCUUCAACCAGUUCCUGUGGCACGUGGUCUGGACGCACGAUGCGGGCGUGGCAGACGAGCACUGGAUGACCUACACCGAGGCGUGCGAUCCGUGCCGGGUGAAGUUCGACUACAUCCUGAAGCUGGAGACGAUCCAGGAGGAGAUCCAGUACCUGUUCUGCGGGGUGCUAGGCUUCCAGGGCGAGGCCACUUUCCCGGUGAGGCAUCGCAGCCACGGCCACGCCCUCGCCCGCUCAGACCGGGAGUACUACGCCAACUUGAGCACGGAGCUGAUGCGCCGACUGCUGGGCAUCUACAGGCACGACUUCGCCAUCUUUGACUACAGCCAAGGCCAGUAGUGCGUGAGGCUGAAAGCGAAUGGACUGGGACUCGCUUUGUCAAAUGUUUGGGGCUCUUGUUGGGAACGUUUGGGAGGCCACAGAGGAGACACGGUUGUCACGAGUGUUCUUCCCGUUCACGGCGCAGAAGCCUUCCCAAAUAACCACCAGGCUCAAGAAAUCACCCAUGGAAACCCUGACAACUUGUGGGAGGGUCUUUUGAAGUAGGUGUACCAAGGCUUCGAAGAGUUUGAGAAAAUGGGACUGGGGCUCUCACAAGUUACUGGCAGGGAGGGAGGGAAAGCGGCACCUAGGGGGGGGAGGGUUGGCAGACUUGGCGUGAUACGAAGUGAAUGUAACACAAGGACACACAGCUAUAUAAGGAGACCCCAAGAGGCCCAGAAAGACAGACGGCCUACACAUGGCAGCUCCUGAAGAUGGGCUGUUCAUAACGUCCCAUCCAUAAAUACGUACCUGCAACCUUCAUUUAAAGCUUUCAAUUGUGUUUACCUCAACUACACGCCUGGUCAGUUUGUUCCACUCACCCACCAGCCUGUUCGUGAGCCGGUUCUUGCCUAUUUCCUUCCUGAACCUGAAUUUGUCUCACUCAUACCCGUUGCUGCGUGUCCAAUCAUCUGUUUUUAAUGUACGUACUUCAUCUACAUCGCUUUUGUUAAUCCCUUUCAACCAUUUCAAACCUCACCUAACUCACAAUACAAUACAAUACAAUACAAUACGUGUGUGUGUGUGUGUGUGUGUGUGUGUUUUAUAACGACUCUUCAAGGCGUACGCUCGAGGGUUGUUUCGGGGUGCUUGUCCCACUUCACAACCACCAUCUCCAUCCUAAUAACGAGCCCCAACCAUCAGCACUAAUACACCAACACUUCAAGACCUCAACACCUCAAUUCCAGCUGCUGUGUCGACAAUGACGCUUCAACACCUCAACACCUUGACUGAAACAAGCCGGGCUUCAU